AUGGAACCGAUCAAAAUUGAUUACCCUUUCAAGAGUUUCAACAUUUUCAGUGAAGAUGAAUAUGUUAAUUGUUUUGAUUUGAAACAAGGAACUUUGUCCCUUUCAGGGGCGUUCCGGUUAAACCGCGACUUUUCGUAUCCUGUUAGCUGCUAUUCACCAAAUUCACCCACCAAAGCAAUGAAAUCUGCAAUGCUAAUUCGAAUGAGAUGGAAAAACUCAUUAAAAUUGAAUAUGAUUUCUUUUGAUGUGAUAGCUCUAUUAAGUAGUUACCACAUCAUAUAUCCCUCAGUGAUAGGAGUAGCCAUUCAUAAAGCAGAUUAUCUACCUUCAACACUUCUUUCACCCAAAGAGAGAGGCAAACCUGCUUUCGAUCUCACUUGUCUCACCUCACCGGCUUUUCUGUUUCACGCAGAUGACUAUCAAUUGGCAAUGUCAUGGUCAAAGAAAUGGUUGCAUUCAUAA